AUGUUUGCCCUUUCGUUGGCGAUAAUUUUAACCAGUAGUUCGUUUGGCUACGCUGUACAUAACACAGUUAACACGUGGAAUGGACUUCUGCAAUACGAUGAAGACUGGGGCUAUGCGGAUAUACGUACUGGCGCUCACACCUUUUGGUGGUUGUACGCUGUGAAGCCCGCUAAUAAUCGGCCGCUUAUUCUCUGGCUUCAGGGAGGACCAGGAGCAUCCAGCACAGGUUUUGGCAAUUUUGAGGAGACUGGCCCAAAAUUGAUGAACUCAUCAGAUAAUAUGGCUACGUGGCUUCAACUUGCUGAUAUGGUUUAUGUGGACAAUCCUGUUGGCUCAGGCUUCUCGUACGUCGAAGAGACCGGCUCAUAUACGAAAAAUGUUGCCGAAAUUGGACAAGAUCUGCUCGCUUGGCUGCAAAAAUUCCUUGCCGUUCAUCCUGAGUACCGUACUCGCCCGUUCUUCAUCUUCUGCGAGAGCUACGGUGGUAAAAUGAGUGCCGAAUUCGCUCGUGUCAUAACAGAGGAAAUUGCUGCUGGAAAUUUGCGUUUGAAUUUCCGUGGCGUUGCUCUCGGCGAUUCAUGGAUCUCUGCCAUGGAUUAUGUGAAUAGUUGGGGCGAAUUUCUUUAUGCUAACUCCUACUUGGAUAGCAAUCAGUUGGCCCGCGUAAACGCAGAGGCCAAAAACUGCCAAAAGAAUGUUGACCAGAAUCAAUGGAAACAAGCCACCACAUGUUGGGGAAAUAUGGAGGAUCUUAUCGGUGCGGAAACUGGUGGAGUGUCAUGGUACAACAUUCUGAAAUACGGUGGACAGGAUGACUGGUCCAAAAAGCGAAGAAAGAGGUCAACCUUUGCAGUAAUGGACCGACUCUUUAAUCGCCACGUUGGUUUCUACCAGAAAGAUGCGUUAUCAAAUUAUAUGGACACAACAGUUCGAGAGAAGCUGGGAAUAAUUCCGAACACUGUGAAAUUUGGGGCGCAAUCGAGUGCUGUGUUUAAUAUGCAAUCGGAGGACUUUAUGAAACCAAACUGGGAUACUGUUGACGGCCUUCUAAACAACGGCACAAAUGUUAUCGUAUACAAUGGAAAUCUGGAUCUCAUUUGCGAUUCUAUCGGAACUGAGAUGUGGAUGAACAGAUUGACGUGGUCCGGGAUGAAAUCUUUCACUACUGCAACAAAAACGAAAUUCAGCACUAAAUCUUUUCCUCUAGCUGGCUUUAGAAAACGACACAACAACCUGUCAUUUUAUCUUAUAUUGAGGGGAGGACAUAUGGUUGCUUACGAUACUCCUGAAGCAGCUAUCCAUGUGGUCGAACAAGUCAUUAAAGACUACAGUUCAUAG